CGGAUCGCAUUACAAUUCCAAGUCUAUCCCAAUUUUGCCAACUGCAACCGCUCCAUAUCUGUAUCCAUAUUCAACCAAAUCAUACAUCGAAAUCUCGUUGAUUUUGUUGCACGUCUCUAAGAUCAAUUCAAUCAAUCGUUGGAUUACUUCUUAAUUUUUGUAAAAAAUGGAGGAAAUUACAGAGGGAGUGAACAACAUUGCCAUCGCCGGAGAUACUCAGAAGAAGAACCGAAUCCAGGUGUCCAACACCAAAAAGCCGCUCUUCUUCUAUGUCAAUCUCGCUAAGAGGUACAUGCAGCAACACAAUGAAGUGGAGCUUUCCGCUCUUGGAAUGGCCAUUUCAACUGUUGUCAGUGUUGCUGAAAUCCUGAAGAACAAUGGAUUUGCAGUAGAGAAGAAGAUUAUGACUUCUACUGUUGAAAUCAGAGACGAGUCUAGAGGACGACCCAUCUCGAAAGCCAAAAUUGAGAUAGUUCUGGGAAAGACAGAGAAAUUUGAUGAAUUGAUGGCAGCUGCUGCAGAGGAGAGAGCAGGAAACAGUGAAGAGCAAAGUUAGAAAUGUGGUUGAUUUAUCAUGGGGUUUUUGUUACUAUGAAAACCUUAAAUUUGAGCUGAUGUUUGAACGCAUUUUCCAAGUUAGAACUCCUAGUUGUAGUCAAUCUAGGAUUUUGAGUGCAGUCAAUCUGGCAGCUGUGAAGAUUCUGUGUUAGCAAUUACUACAAAACAUUCUCCUUCAUUUCAAAAUUCAGUUUUCUUGUCACAA